CAGAUUAUGUUGUAACAGAGCAGGAAGUGAAUCAUAUUAGACAUACAAAUGUAGUUAUAUUUCAAAGUGCUUUAUCACUUUUCUGUUUCAACUUUAUGUACAGCAAGUGGGUAAAACUUCAACAGCAGUUAGCUGUAUGAAUUAGCCCCUGGGCUAUACCACUGUGGCAGCAGAACUAUUUGUCAGCAGAAUUUUUUCUCACAGCCUACUCUUAUCAGAAGACAGAUGCGAUUACUAAGCUAAAAUGGUAUGUGAAAACAUAUGGUGUUUUGGAGCUGCUUGGUUACUGUGGAGGAUAAAUAGCUCCUGACCCUAACCAGGAUCUUUUCAUGAAAAAAGAGCAGUGCCCAUAUGCCUUAUAAAGGCAUGGGCAGGCUUAUCCCAGCGCUCAAGAAGGGGCGGUCGGUAGCGGGUUCGUGCUGCUGAGUUUUUUUCCUGCAGCGGUCGCAGGCGAAUGAAGAAGUUGAGCUGAAACUGCGAACACUUCAUCCGGCGCUCGGCGGCAAAACUCAAGCAAGAGAGGAGGAAGCAGGUGAAAUUAAAAAAAAAGAAAAAAGAAAAAAAAAAAAAGAAACCCACUUGGUCAUGGGGAAAUCAGCUUCCAAACAAUUUGCUGAAGAAGUCUUGAAAGUACACAAUGACUACAGGAAGAAACAUGGAGUCCCCCCAUUAAAACUCUGCAAGAAGUUAAACAGAGGAGCCCAACAGUAUGCAGAAGAACUGGCUACCACGAGGGUCCUCAAGCACAGCUCCGAGUCUGCUAACGGGAAUUGUGGAGAAAACCUAGCAUGGGCAUCCUAUGACCAAUCAGGUGAGCUCUCUUCUCUUCUUGUCUCACAUGGAAAAGAUGUGGCUGACAGAUGGUACAGUGAAAUAAAAAAUUACAGCUUUCAAAACCCAGGAUUUUCUUCUAGGACAGGCCACUUUACAGCAAUGGUGUGGAAGAACACAAAAAAGAUGGGAGUUGGAAAGGCAUCUGCUAGUGAUGGCUCAACCUUUGUGGUGGCCAGAUAUGAUCCAGCUGGAAAUGUAGUAAAUCCAGGCUACUAUGAAGAAAAUGUUCUUCCUCCAAGAAAAUAACUUUAUUGUUUUUUAAAGGUAGUCUUAUUGCUUAAUGACAAGUGAACGUGAAUUUGGACCUAACAGUGUUUGAAAUGAAUCCCCAUUCAAUGAAAUCUCCUGUUUGAUACUGCUGUUCACAUCUCAGUGUGGAGGAAGCAAUUACAUGUUGCUUGAGUCAAUCUCCACAUCAGGCCCCUGUUGUUUCUGAGGGGAGCCUCAAUUUAUUUGAGGAUGAACUAUAUGCAGCAUUUCUGAAGGGUAAAAUGGGUAAGACUCUUUUUUAAUUGUUUGUGUGAACUCUGUGUCAGCAUGUGAAUAAGCACAUGUUGGAUGUCUAUUUUUUUUUUUAACAAACAAAUGUAUCGCUUUCAGUAAACUGAAGAUGCCAGCUUGUAAUUAUAUUAUGUACUCCCAGCUGUCCAGUACUUUUUAAUAACUGUACCUUUGUUGCUCUGUCUUUACCUCCUGCUGUUAUGGGACCUACUCUCUGCAGAUGGAACACAUGCAAAACUUCCAGUAUGAAAGGUACAUGUGUAAAACGUAGUGGAGUUCAGACCUGUGGGUUUUUAUUAAGAGGAUCUCGCAGAACACUAAAAGGCUGCUGGCAAAACUGCAAUCAUCGAGCAAGCUGUAACUAAUGCAUGAUCUAAAAAAAAAAAAAAACCCUAAAAUUUUUUAAUCCCAUUUUAGAUGCUGAUAUAUAAAAUAUGUUUGAGAUGAGUGUAUUUUAAGUUCAAAGUACAUCCUACGGUUUACAGUAUUUACCUUGUAUUAUAAUCAAAUUGUUUAAUUCUGUUACAGAAAAAUAAGGUUCUACUUUUUUGAUAUUUAUGCACGAAAAAGUUCUUUGAUGGUGCACUUUGGAUUUUAUUUCUCAGUAACUUAUUCUUAUUUCCUAGGGAAUAUCUUUUAAAGCUAUCAUGCUAAACAGGUGAUAACAUUCCCAAAUCAUCUCAUCUCCUUUAAUAAUGUAACAGUAGGGGUAUUCACAUUGUCAUACUUAAGGGAUGUUGGCUCUUUAAUCAUAUUAUUCAAUAAUAAUACUAUUUCACAUUUCUUCAUUGAAAACAAUGAAGAUUUAAUUUCCUUAAGAGCAAGCCAAACAAAAAAUCUGGGGACACCAUUUUCUCUGAUUAAAUGUGGAUUGGGACCUGGUUCAUAUACUGUUUAGGGGUUUGUUUUCCUUGUAAAGUUUUCUCUUAACUUUUGCUGAGAUUCUCUGUGCCAUAAUCAGGUUCAUGGACAGUGCCAUUACAGAAAAACUACUUUUUGUUUACACAGUUGUAAUGAACUGCACUCUUAUGGCUUGAUUAUAUGUCACUGUGAUGCUGUUUGUUACAAUUUUUUUGCUGUAACCAAGAAUUUGACACAUAUCAUGAACAACUGAAAAAUAAAUAUUUUUGAAUAUGAACUA